AAUUUUCUCUCAUCAACUCCAUUUGUUUUGUCAGUUAUCUCGAUGACAACAUUUGUCAAAAAAAAUCAUAUAAAUUCAUUGAUCGCGUUAGUGAUUUUUUGAGACAGUUCGCAUCAUCUGUAACGGUUUACUUUCAGAGAUAUUAAUUUUUGCGGAGUACUGACGGGUCGGUGUUGUGCGACGCAUUCGACGCCGCGUCUCAACUCAACUCGGUUAAUGGCGUCUUACCGGGACCUUAUAAAGUCAGUUUUUGAAGAAUAAAUAAAGAGUUCAAAUAUGUCGGACGAUAAUUCGCCAGUAGUUGAAGAACAGAAGAAAAAGCGUGGUCGUCCUCCAAAGAAUUCUGAUGCAAAAAAUGCCGUGAAAGAACCAAAAAAGCGAGGAAGGAGUGCUGCGACAGACAAAAUCAACGCCAGUCGUCCACCAAAAUCUGACAAUGAAGAUGAUGCACCUCCUGGACCAGUUAAAAGGGGUAGAGGUAGACCAAAAGGUUCCCAUAAAAAGAAGAACACACAGAAAACUAAUGCACCCUCACCUGGACGUGGACGCGGUAAACCGAAAAAAGUAGAAGAGAAACCAGAAAGCACCGGCGAGGAAGAAGAAUUGGAAGAAGAAGAUGAUGAAGAGGAGAAUUGAAAAUCAAAUGCAAAAUGUCUUCGCGACUCAUAGGGGAAUUUCAUUUUCGGAAUUCUCUAAGAUUUGCUAACUGUUCUUCUCGGUCAUUUAUUUUUUUUUUUCAUAAUCAUAUUUUCUUUUUUUUAAGUUUUAUGUAUGUCGAUGCACGAAAGUGUAACGAGUAGAGCUACUACCUCGACGAUGGUGUGAAUAAUAAUUUUUAUAUCUCGUUGAGCUAAAUCAAUAACCGCUCAUUUGAUGUAGAAUCAAAAAGGAAAAAAAAAUAACAAAAAAAAAAAUGAACGACUAAAACGUCGUCAAGAGACUCGCGUAUCGCGUAGUGCAUCUUGUUUAUCAUUUUAAGUAUUAUUUUUAUUCUCAUUUUUUAAAAAAAAAUAAAUUUUAGUCGGAAAUAAUAAUACCGAUUAAAUAAAAUGACAAAACAAAAAAAAUUUUAAAAACCGAAAAUUUGUGAUUUAAAAGAUUGUGACACGAUUGAAAAUCUAUUGGUCGCAUUGUUGAAGCCACUUCAUUAUUUUUUUACUUAUGUUUUUUUUUUCUAUUUAUGUUACUUCAAUUAUUCAGAGAUUAAGGACAUAAACGUCUACUCGUCUACACACCAUGAAUAUCUUUAAAAGCAAAAGAAAUAGAAAUACUUAUUAAGCAGGUAUUCUACAAUCGAAAAAAUAAAAAAAAAAUAUAAAAUAAAAAAAUAAAAUAAAUUCAUGGGCUAGCUAUUUAUUUGCUGGCAGUAAUUGAAAAUUUAAAGAUACUUAUAAAGUAAAAAAAAAAAAGUAAUAAUUAAUUAAAUAAAUUAAUAAAAUUGUAGGAUACUCUCUUGUAUAUCACGAACGCGUGAAAACUACUCAAUCUUAUUGCAAUUUAAAGAAAAAUAAAGGGAAAAAAUUAAUAAACAUGAGUAAAUGAAUAUUGAAGUCCCGCUUCCGAGACAAACAAGUUGUGUGGAUGUAAAAUUUGUAUUAAAGUAAAAUAAAUUCAAAAAAUACUCUUAUUUAAUUUAA